AUGUCAAAACUCAACAAAGACGUACUUUUCCUAAUAUUUGAAGAAUUAAAAUUUGAUAAAAAAUCACUUUAUUCAUGUCUUUACGUUAAUAGAACUUGGUGUGAAACAGUGGUACCUAUUUUAUGGAGAAAUCCUGGUCAAUAUCUUACGACCAUUAAUUCUUGUACAUCAGUACCUAUUUUAUGGAAAAUUCCUAGUCAAUAUCUUAUAUUAUUUAAUGUAAUAUUUUUACAUUUAUCAAAAGAAUCAAAAGAUAUUUUAAAGAAACAAGAAAUUAAUAAUCUUAUUACAGAAAUAUAUCAACGACCUUUAUUUAAUUAUAUUAAUUUCUGGAAAUAUUUAGAUUUAUUUCUUAUAGAAAAUAUAAUUUCUUCAAGUAAGAUUGAGGAGUCUAAAAAGUUUGAUAUAAGAGACGAGAUAUUAAAAUUAUUUUUUAGUAGUAAUGUGAAGUUUAUUCAUCUUUCUAUUCCACAAGAUUAUGAUUUUCAAUUACAUCAUAUUCCAGGAGCUGAACGUUGUUUCUCGGAACUUGAAUCCUUGUCUUUUUGUUGUGAUUUUGGAAAUUGUCAAAAUAUUUUGAAUGGAUUGGCUAGAAUAUGUAAAUCGAUUAGAAAAUUUAGAGUUGAUAAUGUGCAUUUCUGUACCAAUAAUUCUGGAAUCAAUAAAUUAAUUGAAGUACAAAAGAAAUUAAAUAAUGUUAGUUUCAUUGGUCCUUAUAAAGGUUCACGCGCUAUAAUAAACAUAAUAGAAGAUGAAUCAAUUUACAAAUCUCUUGAAGAAUCUUUAAUUAAACAUGUAGAUACUAUUCAAUAUUUGAGAAUGGAUUGGAUACCUAUUACAAGAAUUCUUUCAUACCUUGUAAACUUAUUUCGAUUAGAAAUAAGUACAUGUUUACCUUAUCCUACAAACUGGAAUGAAUUAGAUUAUUUAAAGGAUUUAUCAUUACCUAAUUUAAAAAUUCUAAUAACUCGACAAGUUCCAAUCAAAAUUACAGCAAAUUUAAUUGAAAUUACAAAAGGACAACUAACAGAAAUUAGUGUACUUUAUAAUGAUGCUGAUAGUAAAAAUCUUUUUAAAGCAAUUUGUCAAAAUUGUUCAAAUCUUAAAUAUCUUAACUUAUCAUUAUCUAAUAAUACUAAUUUACUUACUUCAGAAUUUGAAAAUUUAUUAAUUAGUUGUCAACUUUUAAAUAAAUUAAUUAUUGAUGUGGUAGAUUUUGAUAUUAUGUUUAAUUGGGAUAAAUUAUUAUUAAUAUUAGCUAAAUCAUCACCAACUAGUUUAUUUACGUUUGAAUUUCAUUCUGGGAGGAUUAAUUUGGAAGAUAUAAUAUUAUUUUUUGAUAAUUGGACAAAUAGGAAUCCUAUGUUAUUGGAAAUAGAUAGUGAUAAUUAUUGUAAUGAAUUUGGUGAUAAGAAGCAAUUAGAAGAUUUAAUCGAAAAAUAUAAGGUAAAGGGAAUAAUUAAAAAAUGUUCUGUUCAUUCUAAUACUAGAAGUAGAUGGUUAUUUCUUUAAUCCUAAAAUAAAUUAUUUUUAUGAGAAAUCAUGAAUAAGAAUAUUAUUCCUAUGUAUAUAUUAACGUAAAAUUUACUUUAAUUAAAUAAAGUUUGAUAUUGAAACAUGAU